GUGUGUGUGUGUGUGUGUGUGUGUGUGCCCGCCCCCAGACCGCGUGUGCCAACAGCAGACCCUGGCACUAUGGGGGCCUUUCCAGAACGCCGCCACCGCCGUUACCAACCUUUACAAAGAGAGUGUGGAUGCACGGCAGUACUCCUAUGACCUAGGCCUCCAGUCGGGUCUGCAGCGGAGGCGGCAGGACGUCCUCGCCUGGGUGAAGAAACGCAGGCGUACCAUUCGCCGAGAGGACCUCAUCAGCUUCCUGUGUGGGAAAGUCCCGCCCCCCCGCAAUGCCAGGGCGACGCCCAGGAUCACCAUGGUGUCGCCCAGCCGACCGUCGCCCACGGAAACCAGCUCCUCUGUGGAAACAGACCUGCAGCCUUUCAGAGAAGCCAUUGCCCUGCACGGUCUGAGUGGAGCCAUGGCGAGCAUCAGUGUGCGUUCCUCUUCAGGAGCUCCUGGCUCUCCUACACACCUGGGCUCCGCCCCCUCCGUCCCACCUGGUCGCCGUAGAAACGGCCUCCACGACGUGGACCUCAACACCUUCAUCUCGGAGGAGAUGGCCCGUCACCUAGACAACGGCCCCCGGAAGCGGGGCCCCGCCCAGUGUUCGGAGGCCAUCACUGACUCUCCCACCCACAAGCGCAACCGGCUCGUCUGAUUGGCCCAUCCUUCCGCCUGUCAGGACACAGCAGCCAAUCAGAGCUGCAGUGAUGACCAGAGAGGCACUCUGAUUGGCCAAUGGGCCUGUGAGGUCAUCAGUAUGGGACAGUGUGACACGCAAGGAG